AUGUACACUCCCUAUUUAAUUAGGAACCCUGUGCGAGACACGGAAGUUGUUGGAAAACGCGAUCCAGGCGUCCGAAAGGAGAGUCCACUUCAGGGUCAUAAUUCGAUUCACAGUAAGUAUUCAUAUUUACUGUUUAAUACCACCAGCGGUGAAGCAUCUCUUAAGCCUUUCAACUGGAAGCUUGUAGGCACGAUUGUAACCUAUGACAAGCGCGAGCACAGCGUCAUCGACGAAACAGCGAAUUCGGGCACUGUACACAAAAAUACUGAGUUGCCACGGAAAAUCAGAGACUCGUACCUUGCACAUCUACAGAGACGUUUGUCAGCUAAUACUGAGAAAGAUAACAAGCACAACGGCCUGCGCACCCCUAAGGGUGGGGUUAGCGAGGGCUUACACAACUCGGACAAAUUGCCACAGAAGCACGUGAAUAUCAACGAUCAGAAAACAAGCAUGGUCACCAUUAUCUUCCCCCCGUUGCAAUCAGCUGCGACCGGUGCGGUGUUGCAGAAGGCAUUGGUAAUGCCUCAGGCAUGA